AUGGAGUUACUCAAGACCAAGAGAACCGUUCACGAGGCAGACAAGUCGAUAUCCUCUAGGUUUAUUGACCUCGUCAAGUUCUUAUCAACCCUCAAAUCAGAUCUAGAUCUUGCCAAUGUCACUGCUCCGCCUUUCUUCUUGGCCCCCUCUUCAGUUGUUGAGAACCCCGGCAGCUGGGCUCAACGCCCAUCAAUAUUUACAGCUGCUGCAGUCGAGCCGGAUCCAGCUAGGCGCAGUCUAUCAAUACUGCAAAUGUUCCUAGCUGGUCUACGGAAUCAACUCUAUGUCGGAGGUGCCCCAAACGUUAGCAUCAAGAAGCCCCUGAAUGCAUUCCUUGGAGAGUUGUUUCUUGCAUCAUGGACCGAUUCGGAUAGCACGGUUAGACUGGUUGUCGAGCAAGUCAGCCAUCACCCACCGAUCACGGCAAUGCACAUUGCCAGCAAGGAACAUGGCAUAAGAGCAGAUGGUUACGGGAGGGUGGAAAUGACGUUCAACGGCAACAUCAAUAUCAAGCAAAUCGGACACGCGAUAAUCCAUGUUGACAAGUUUGACGAGGACUACUUGGUGCCAUUGCCAAAUGUACUUGUCCGUGGCUUCCUGUCGGCCUGUCUUUAUCCUGAAAUCAUCGGCACAUACAGCAUCGUUUCGAGUUCUGGAUACGUAUCAGAAAUCAACUUUUCCGGCACAGGCUUCUUUCGAGGAAAGAGAAACUAUUUCGAGGCACGAGUUUACCACAAGGACACGCCCAAAAAGUCAUGUUUCAAGUUGUCAGGAAUCUGGAGUGAGGGUUGGAAGAUAACCGAUGGUGAUGGGAAACUUUUGGAAACCUACGACGCCUCAGCCGUCCCAGUCCCGAUAAGUAUCGAUCCGCUUGACGAACAGGACCACCGGGAGUCCCGGAACGCUUGGAAGGACGUUAUUUCGGCUCUUGAAAAAGGAAACUACCGAGCAGCGUCUGCAGCAAAGAAUGACAUUGAGGAAGCACAACGACAAAAGAGAAGAGAAGAGGAGAGACAUGGAAAGACGUGGAAGCCAUUGCUAUUCAGCAGCAUCCCCGGAGACGAGCAUCAAGUCUUUCAUCGUCUCGCAGAAGGCACAAAUUGGCAACUACUAGCCGAACAAACCAAAGGUGUAUGGAGGAUCGACGAACCGGGGAAUGGCUUGGCAGAUGUAGUCGCGGAACGAGUUAGAUAA